AUGUUUGCCGCUAUUGCCUCUGGUAAUCCACUACAACUUUCGACGGAAGUGCCCAAUUCUAAUGGCCUUCAGCACACUAUUGUGCUUUCAUCUACGAAACCCAAAUCUUAUUCACAUAUAACACUAUUCAUACUACCGAAUGUUACUUUCCCAGAAAAUUUCGUUUCAACUGUCUAUUUCAAAUUAGGACCAACUGAAGACUUUCAACUGUUUGGUUACCUAGGUGCAGAGAAGCCAAGUGCCAUAUUUAAGGUGAGAUUGCCCAAUGGUGAUGUUUCUCGAGGUACGACUGGGAAUGGAGUAGAUGGACUAGGUGAAAUUGAUAUGGAAGAUGAAGACGUUGCUGCUGCUGGUGCUGCAGCUGACAGGCAAUUCAAUGGAUUACACAACAUCUCGGAAUUAAUCAUUGGAAUUUCAAUAGAACCAAGGGAUCAAGGUAUGGCAACGAUAGAGCAGUGGAAGCAACAGCAGCAAUUACAGAAAAAUGAUACAUCCUCCCUUGUUCUCUCUAGAGACAGCAAUCGUGGUAUUAACACCGUUGGUAAGUUGGCUAAUGUGUACCCUAUCCUGACUCAAGAGUUGGCGGGUAAGAUUGUACAACAUGCAUAUAACUAUCUGUCGGGAUUUCUGGAUUCCGCUGGUAACGUUUCCAUCAAAAGGUUUGACACUUGGUGGGAAAAGUUCAAGAGUCGGCUGGCAAAUGAUGGUAACUUUUUAGACGAGGUUACUAGUUCUUAG